AUGGGGCUGCUGAAAAUCGGCGUGGCAUUGUCGUGCUCCGUGCUAUUCUGCACCCUUGCUAUGGGGACGGUGAUGAGCGUGUAUUGGCUAACUCCACUCUUCUUCAUACUGGGACUGGCGGUGGAACUAGCGAAAGAUGGGUUUGAAUCGCUAUACGAAUCUCAGGUUCCGUCUCACUUAAAGAGAUACGGGCCGGCUUUGGGGGAACUUGCGAGGAGACUUGGUGCUUUGCUGAACAUACUUGGCGUUAUCAUCUUCUGCAGAGGGGAUUUCAGCUGCUUCCAAGAUGAUAUAGUUAACAAUAGCUUCAACAUGUACUGCGAUUUUCGGGCACUUUUGAGUGCUUCUGCCUGCAUCUUAUUCUUCUUGGUGGUUGUGUGGUACAAGGGAAGGUGGAUCUUUCGGGAUGAUGAAGAAAUUCACGGCGACCGGUGA